AAUAGAAUAAGUUAUUACCUAAAAUCCCUAAAGCUUAUUCUUUUCUCUCUCUCUCUCACCCAAAUCUGACUCUGGUUAUCUUUGUGUUUUCAAUUUCAAUUAAGUGUUUUUCAAGCUUCUUUGUUGGAUGAUUGUGGGUUGGUGGCAAAGAAAUGAGUGGAGUAAAAAGGGCUAGCUCAGCUAAAGUAAGAUUGAGGAGCUUACUGAAUCAAGCUGAUAACCGCAUUUGUGCUGAUUGUGGUGCUCCAGAUCCAAAGUGGGCAUCAGCAAAUAUUGGAGUUUUUUUAUGCUUGAAAUGUUGCGGUGUGCACAGAAGCCUCGGUGUACACAUCUCCAAGGUUCUAUCCGUGGCAUUGGAUGAAUGGUCUGAUGAAGAAAUUGAUGCCAUGAUUGAAGUUGGAGGAAAUUCCACUGCGAAUUCAAUCUAUGAGUCUUAUAUACCUGAUGGAUAUACAAAGCCUGGUCCAAAUGCUAGUAAUGAUGAGCGGAGGAAAUUCAUUCAGGCCAAGUAUGAACUUCAAGAAUUUGUGAAACCUAGCUUGCGAAUCACAUCAGGGAGGAGUUCUUCUUCUCUUCAAUCAAACAUUUCUGGAAAGAUUCUUGAUACAAUCCUAUCUUCAUCAAAUUCGGAAGGCAUGGUUGAAUAUAUUGGGUUACUGAAGAUCAAAGUGGUAAAAGGCACAAAUUUAGCCAUCCGGGAUAUGAUGACAAGUGAUCCUUAUGUUCUCCUAACUCUUGGGAAGCAGACUGUUCAGACGACUGUAAUAUCGAGCAACUUGAAUCCAGUUUGGGAUGAGGAACUCAUGCUAUCCGUUCCUAACAACUAUCGGGCUGUGAAGUUGCAAGUAUAUGAUCACGAUACCUUCUCAGCCGAUGAUAUAAUGGGAGAAGCAGAGAUUGAUAUCCAGCCCUUGAUAACAUCUGCAAUGUCGUACGGGGACCCCCAAAUGUUCGGGAAUAUGCAGAUCGGAAAGUGGCUGAAGUCCAAUGAUAAUGCCCUUAUGGAGGAUAGCAUCGUCAACAUCAUUGAUGGGAGGGUGAGACAAGAAGUAUCACUCCAGCUCCAAAAUGUUGAAUCUGGAGAAAUUUAUUUAGAAGUGGAGUGGCUGCCUCUCGAUCAGUAAGCCUGUGUGGUGUAAUUGUAUUGGCUUCAGUAUGCUCCGUCGGUGUUAAUUUUGAAUAUAGGCUCAUUUUUUUCCUUCUGAAGUGUUCAUUUUAUUUGGAGUUGAGGAUUGGGGCAAUCAUUACGUUAAGCUUUUGAUCCAUGUCUCGUGUUUGAAUAAAUUAAGGAUGUUUCAGAAUGAUUUGAA